AUGAGUUACAACUACAAACAACUAAAAAAUAGGUGGGACUAUCUCAAGAAAGAGUUCGACAUAUGGGCAAAGCUAGUGGAGCACCAAACAGGGCUUGGUUGGGCCCCUAUUAAGAGGAUAAUUUUAGCAAGUGAUGAUUGGUGGGAGAGAAAAGGGCAAGAAAACCCAGAAUAUCUGAAAUGGAGAAAUGAAGGUCCAAAGUUCUUAGACAUGAUGGAGGUAUUCUUCAAAGAUGUGGUGACAGGCUACAUGGCAUUGGUACCAUAUGCAGAACCAUCAUCAGAGAAUGAAGUGUCUAAUAACAAUGCUUAUGCUCGGAUGAAUGACGAAGACAUAGAGGUUGAAAACUUUGAAGAUGAUGGUGACAGUCCUCAAUAA